AUGCCCAAAACCAAAGCCAAAGCAUCGCCUCUACACCGCAAUGUUACGCCACUUUACUUGCGCAUGGAUCAUCAAAACCAAUUCAACAAUAUAUGCCCCAACAUCAUUCUAAUACUCCUUUCUGCAAUGGCUAGAAUUCGCAAACAGAAUUGGGGAAUGCAGAAAUGCAAAUUUUGUUGCCCAUGUGGCAUGUGAGUACCAGUCUCCACAAUCAUUCAUUCAUUCGUCAAUGAAACUAGUUUUCAUAGUGUGGCACAUGACCCAACUCAUCUCAUCACAAGAGGCAUGUACUCCUUUCCUUAAUUUACGUUAAUUAUUCGACUCCAUCAAAUUCAGUUGUCGCAAUGGAUGUCUCCUAAUAUUCCCAAUUAGUCCACCUAGCAGCUUGACCUCUCUCGACCUAUAUAAACAACUUUCCUCCCUCCAUCUCAAAAAGCACCAAUUUUCCCCUAUCAACAACUCAUCUGAUAACAUCAAUAAUCCAGAAAGAUGGAGAAAUACAACUCCUACACCAAAAUCUCAAACAUUUUCACUCUGUUUCUCACACUUUUGGCCUUGAUCUCCUUGGCCCAAGCUACUUCAUCGGCAGUCUCACCCAAAGCUUCAAGAACAUACAAAAACUUCAUCAAAACCAAAUGCAAAACCGCAACACAUUCCAAGCUUUGUAUCAAAACACUCAAUCCCUACGCCCCUUUUAUUCAAACCAGUGAUUUAAAGCUCUGCGCAACUGCCGUCACGGUUGCCGUUGAAGGAGCCAAAAAUGUAUCCACCAUCGUUACUAAAUUGGCCAAAAAGAAAGGCCUUUCUCCAAGGGACGGUGCAGCCCUCCAUGAUUGUAUCUCCGAUGUGAGAGAUUCGAUUUCGGUACUUAAGCAAACCAUCACUGCAAUGCAACAUCUGAAGGGCGAUGCCGUAGAUGCAAAAUGGGCUGAUGCAAAGACUUGGGCCAGCGGUGCUAUAUCCGACGCCGAAUCCUGCAGGGAUGGAUUCGCUGAAAAGAAGGAGGUUUCUAAAGAUGUGAGGAAAAAGAUCAACAGUUCCAUGGGAAAAUUAGAGCAGCUAAUGAGCAAUGCUCUGUGUUUUAUCGGCCAUCUUUACUAAAGUUUUUGUAUCAGAAAAUUAGUUCGAUCUGAGAUUAUCUGAUCUCGCGUUGACCUUGAACUAAUCGUGAAUGAUCAUUUUGCAUUUUCUGCAAAACGCUUCUGUUUUUCAGGAGCCUUAAUCCAAGUGUUUACUUUUGUAGUAUGAGGGCAAGGAUCUGGUUUGUAAUUACCAAUUGAAAUCCCUGCAUGGUUGUAGAGUCAAAAGUAAAAAACAGGGGAGGGGGAAGUUUUUGUUGUUUUUAGCAGUAUUUCACAUUAGCCAAUGACUCAUUAUCAAUGUCAUACGAUGUGACCCGUAUCUAAAAUCUUUGCCCUGAUUAAUCUGGAUUUGUCCAUCCUUUUGUAUUAUAGUUCUC